AUCUUAUCCGUCAAUUCCCUUUGUUGUCUUCUGAGGUUCUCCCACGUAGGCGACAAGGCGGUCAGCGAUGAGCGACAGCGCUCAUCGUAGGCCGAAGCAAGGGCAAAUAAUCCCCAAACCCAGGUAUCCAUAUCAAAAGCAGCUCAGUGCUGCUGGUAAGGGCAAACGCAGUUUACAGGGACAGAUGCAGCUUACCGGCAAGAACUCAAAAUUCUACGAGUUUUGCAAAACUAUGGAGAAAUUGGUGUACAAACAUUUCGACGUUACAAGUACUCGCCCAAACCAGGAUGCACUAAAAGUGUUCGACUAUUACGAUGAGGCUAAGGCCUAUCCUCUCAUGAGUCGUUACCAUGGGGCAUGGCCGGUCAUGGCUUAUGCAGAAGCAUAUCUCAAUGAACCCGCCUGCCGUUUAACUUUGAAAGAGCCCGAUCCCAACGAGACGGACACGUCUGAUGCCGAUGCCGAUGGUCUUAGAAAUAGAGCUAGAAGGCAACGUCAGCGGCCGAUGAGAAACAGAUGCUAUGUCGUGGUUCCAAGUAUAUCAGCUGUUACUGCCCGCAAAGCUAAGGCUACCAAACGAUUGUCGCCGGCAGCUCGCGAUGUCCGACGGUUCCUAGCAGGCUUGGAGACGCCUCAGACGAAGUUGCUAGACUUGUUCCUUCAACUUGGGGUCAAAUCUCGUACAGAACUUGAAGGCAUAUCACGUCGUGCUACAUUGCGGGAUGCUGUCUUGAAAAAGCUGCAAUCAGAGGGUAAUCUUACGCAGAACCAGGUUCAGGUGAUCAAGAAGGGUCUCUUCUCAUUAACGAAGGAAAGAUGGCGUACAUAGUAAAUACUGAUGGCCCAGUUGAGGAUGACUUGGACAGUACACCAUACACA